UAACGUUAAGAAAACGAAGCCACCGAAAGUUCGUUGGAAGGAGGUGUUUGUGUUACAUUAGUUGGAUUACAAAAUAUCCACCUGUCUAAUGAUUCAUGUUGCGAGAUGAUUUGCUAGUACACACGCACAUUGAGCAUCAUGAAUCUUAAGUCAGGAAUGAGGUACAAAUCACUGAUUCAAUCUGCCAGUGCAAAAUCAGUUUAGUCUUCAUUUCACACUUGAAGAGGAGCACCCUGUAACACACACUCAGAUUUGUAAAGGAAAAAGGAAUUUGAGGAAACCUGUACAGCCCACAUUCAUGGGGAAGAAAUUGGAGGAUGACAGAGCAGAUAUGGUGGGACAAGGGGAUCAGAUGUGGAGGUGGGAUGCGGCAGAUGCCGGUUACGGAAAUUCCAGCCUUGCCUACAGCACAAACUCUACCCUGGCCACCCGCAACAUCUCCAACAUGACUGGCCUUGUCCUGUCUUAUCCUUACUACCAGCACUCAAUGACUGUGGCCGCCAGCUUCAUCAUGGCCUACUUGUUUAUCUUCUUGCUGUGCAUGCUGGGUAAUGGGCUGGUGUGCCUGAUAGUGCUGAGAAACCGCUGCAUGCGAACCGUCACCAACCUCUUCAUCUUCAACCUGGCCAUCAGUGACCUGUUGGUGGGCGUCUUCUGCAUCCCAACCACACUUGUGGACAACCUCAUCACAGGCUGGCCUUUCUCCAACGCAGUGUGCAAGCUGAGCGGCCUGGUUCAGGGGACGUCUGUGUCCGCCUCCGUUUUCACUCUGGUGGCCAUUGCUGUUGACAGAUAUCGCUGCAUCGUCUGCCCAUUCAAGCCUAAGCUAACGCCACAGGUGGCGAGGAUGACGAUAGCGUUGAUCUGGAUCCUGGCGCUGCUGAUCAUGUGCCCCUCAGCCGCAAUGCUGGUGGUCGAACAGGAGGAAGGUCACUACAUGGUAGAUAGCGAGGACGUCAACAAGACCUACCCACUCUACUACUGCUACGAGAGCUGGCCUGAGCCAGAGAUGAGGAAGGUCUACACUACAGUCCUGUUUGCUCACAUAUAUCUCAUACCCCUCGUCCUCAUUACCCUGAUGUACUGUCGUAUCGGGGCCAAGCUGUAUACCACUGCAGGAUUGUUAGCUGCCAGGAUCCCCGAAAGGAUGCCCCCUAAUGGUUUGCAGGGGAGAGCAGCCAUAUCCCCCAAGAAGAUCAAGGCUAUAAAGAUGCUGAUAAUGGUAGCUUUGCUCUUCAUGCUGUCCUGGUUGCCACUGUGGACCCUCAUGCUUCUGACAGACUACGCAAGGCCAGAGGGGGCCCAGCUAGAUCUCUUGACAGGGUACAUCUUUCCCUUCGCUCACUGGCUAGCCUUUUCCAACUCCAGCGUCAACCCCAUCAUCUACGGCUACUUCAACGAGAACUUCAAGAGAGGCUUUCGGGCCGCCUGGCAGGCUGGAUUGUGCGGCUGCUGGAGAGAGUUGCUCGGCAUCGGAGGACACAGAAGGGCGUGUGCCCCCCAGGAGACAGCAGUGAACACCCACACCUUCAUCCUUGGGUCAAGGAACAGAGUUCAUACGGACGGCGGCCAGACAGACUGCGUUCGUCUGGAAAUGGAGCCGAGGAAGUUUGAGGUAGUGGGGAUGCUGUGUCCAAAAUCAUCAUGAUGUGCAGAUGAGGGUGAAACACAGGAUCGAACAAA